AUGGCGAAAUCACAGAACCACAUCCGGGCAUCACGUGCAGAAGCGGAUUUAGGCAAACUCUUGACGUCGUUGACGUUCGCUAUAUUUGAACCGAUCGACGGCAACAACGGUCGGAUAGAAGUAGUCCUUGUGCGGAAAGAAGGCAACGCGACAACAACAAUGGUAAACUCUAGUAGUAGUAGUAGUAGUGGCGGUGGCGGUGGCGGUGGCGGUGGCGGUGGCGGUGGCGGUGGCGGUGGCGGUGGCAGUGGCAGUGGCAGUGGUGGUGGCAGUGGCAGUGGUAGUGGCAGUGGCAGUGGUAGUGGUAGUGGUAGUGGUAGUAGUAGUAUACUCACAACCAACCCAGAUCAUGUGUCAGUAUAA